AUGUCCUUUGCAGGGCUGCAGGAGCGCCUGACGGCCCUCCAGGAGUCGACGGCCCAGCUCCAUGAGCUCGUCGACCGGCUCGCCCACCUCAAAUUCCAACCCGGCGCGGUGCCCCUCGGCACAGACGAAGAGGACAGCGUCAGCGGCGAGCUGAGCGGCGAGAUUGCGCAGAUUCUCAAGGCCAACUCCGAGGACCAGGAACUGCUCCUCGAGGAGGCCAACUACCUACGACCCGAGGGCCACGAGAAGGAGAGGCUGGUGGACGGCGUGGUCCGUGUGGGCAGUGAAUUGGCAAAAUACCGCUUAGCGUUCCGAAAGGCGCGAUUACAAGCGAAAAAGAGCCUGGUAGAGGCGCAAAAGCUCGAGCGGCAACUUCUCCUCAAAUCAUAUUCCGCACCGAUUCCCGAAUUCGAACCCUCCCACGACAACGACAACGACAACGACGAGCCUGCUGCUGCUGUUGCUGCCCCCGCCCAGCAGCGUCACCGGAGCAUCCACCAGAGCGCCCGGUCGGGGCUGACGGAGGAGGAUCAGCAGACGGUCGGCGCGAGCAGCAACGUGACGGCAUCGCUGCGGCGCACGCACGACCUCAUCGCGUCGGAGCUCGGCCGCAGCGAGUUUGCGCACGAGACGCUGACCGAGUCGUCGGCCGCGCUGCGGCAGCUGGAUGACUCGUACGGCUCGCUGGACUCGAUGCUGGGCAAGUCGCGCGAGCUGCUCGGCACGCUGCUGCGCUCGCAAAAGAGCGACACGUGGUACCUGCAGACGGCGUUUUACAUGCUCGCCGUGACGGGCGCGUGGCUGGUGUUUCGCCGGCUGCUGUACGGGCCCAUCUGGUGGCUGGUGCUGUUCCCGCUGCGGAUACUGUUUGGCGUCGGGUCGACGGCGACGAGGGCGAUCCUGCCGGCGGGCAAGUCGGCGCCGGCGCAGGCGGGACAUGCAGCGCGGCAGAGCGACGAGGGUAGAGUGCCGGUGCAGGGUAUACCGGAUGAAGCGCUGCCUACGGUAAAGGUUGAUGCGCGGGAUGGUGAGAGAGAAAGGCAAGAAGAAGAGGUGAAGGAAGCUGUGGAAGAAGCUGUGCGGCAGGGUGUCGAGGAAGUUGAAGCGGCAAAGCAAGCAUCGAGCGAGGCAGUGGAAGACGGGCCAGCGGGUGGCGAGGAGUCUUUGGCCGAAGAGCAAGGGGAGAGUGGCCAGGCCAGUACCGAGAACCAAGCAACUCACGCAAAGGACGAAUUAUAG